CCUAAAGCCACCCGGCAGUGAACCUCUGUGGGGCCCUGGUUAAUUUUUUUAUUAUUGUCACUUCUUGUUUCAGACUGAAUUUGCUUUUGACCUAACUUUAAAGAAAUCUUCUGAAGAGACCUGACUUUGGAGGGAAUCGGCCAAGGUCCUUGCAGCGACUCCUUGAGCGUGAUUCAGCUGGUGUUUACGCAUGUUCUGAAACAUCAGAGCGAUGGACUUUAGCGUCAAGUCUUUCAAAGGUCUUGCGGCAGAAGCUGCAACUGUGUUCACCAGAGCCGUUCAGUACACCGAGGAACGGCUGGGAACAUCAGACAAAACUGAACUUGAUGCACACUUUGAGACGUUGGCUCAACGUUCUGACAGAACCAAGUAUUGGACUGAAAGGCUGGUUGGUAAAACGGAAGCAGUCCUUCAACCCAAUCCGAAUGUGCGGGUAGAAGAUUAUCUCUUUGAAAAACUUGACAAGAAGCGAGACAGGCUAAAUAAUACAGAACUACUGGGCCAAGACAUGAUAGACGCUGGAACCGACUUUGGUCCUGGCACCUCUUACGGGAGUGCCCUCAUCAAGGUUGGGCAGGCGCAACAGAAGCUGGGCCAGGCAGAGCGAGAGUUUGGCCGCCUGGUGCACACAAACUUUGUCCAGCCGCUAAGGAGGUUUCUGGAUGGCGACAUGAAGACAAUAUUGAAAGAACGUCGGCUACUUGAAAACAAGAGAUUGGAUCUAGAUGCUGCAAAGAACAGACUUCGUAAGGCCAAAGCUACUGAUCCAGCAGCAGAAAAGGAUGUGCGUUCCUGCCAGUCUGACUUCGACCGUCAAGCUGAAAUCACUAGGCUCCUGCUUGAAGGAAUCUCGAGCACCCAUGUGAACCAUUUGCGCUGCCUUAGUGACUUUGUAGAGGCCCAAAUGUCAUACUAUGCUCAGUGUCAGCAGUACAUGACGGACCUGCAGAAAGAACUGGCCAACAUGUCCAUUGCCGUUGGAACAGGCAGCAGUGGUGAUGGCAGUCGCAGUGGCUUCCAGGGUGCUUUCUCGUCGCCUACAGCCAGUGCAGGUAGUCCAUCCAAUGAUGUCAGCACAUUUAUCAACAGCAACCAGAAGCGGGCACGUGUCCUUUAUGACUAUGAUGCUCAUGACAACUCCGAGUUAUCGCUGAUGGCCGAUGAAGUGAUCAUCAUAUCCCAGACUGAGAACAUGGACCCUGACUGGAUGAUUGGGGAGCGAGGCCUACAGAAGGGAAAGGUCCCAAUUGCAUACCUGGAAAUUCUCAACUGAUUAGAUAAACAUGCUUUUUCUGUAAAAAUUACUGUGCUUGCAUAGUUGGUACAGUCAUAACCAUAUGGCAGAUUUGUUUAUUUGCUAAGUGCUUUCCCUGUGCUUCUAUGCAACACAUCUAUUCAAUCAAACUCAAGCACGACAGUGAAGAACAACAAUGCCCUUAAAAAGCAUGGCAGUUUUAGUUCUGACAUAGGCCUGUAAGGCUUCUUGAUGCCAUUUCUACACUGUUUUCAUAGUCCAUUGCCUUUCAUGCUAGUUCUCUAUUUAGCACGUCAACAAAACUGCUAAUGCUCAUUGUUCAACUGUCUGAUGUGUCAAUACAUAAUGAAACUAACAAGUUGUAGAAGUCAUUCCUUAUUCAGAGUUAGUGGUGCAUACAUUCCACAUGUUGGGAGACUAUAUGAACAUGAUCUUGGUCAUGACAUCUUUAGCUUGCUGUCUGUUGACAAGAAUGCAUUGUGCAUUCUCCUAAUGAAGCUGGUGCUUCUUUUGUUCAAUCUCUGCUAGUUGAGGCUUGCUACAUGAGUGCUUGCCAUUAGUCUUUACCCUGUUAUUCUGCAUGCCAUACAGAUAGUUAGGAACAUCACAAAAAAGCUGUUGAUAUGAUGCUUGGAACCAAGUUAUGUCAUAAGAAAGAAGUAGUAGUAUUCUCAUAUUUGUACAUAACUUAGCAUACUUUACAUGCAACUUUACAUUUUUGAGUGAGUGUGUAGGAAAAUUGUCAUCUCUUCCAACAAUGCAAACUCAUGCUGCCUUUAAGUGCUGAAAAGAAUGAGUCAAUUCUUCCUAUCUUUCUUGAGUGUUUAAUGAACUUAUUAUAUUAUGAAUAAAAAUGGCUUUAAUGUGUC